CUGAGAGCAGGCCUGCCUGCCUGCCGCGGCUGCCACUUUCUAGGAAUUGCAGAGCACUUAGGGUAAAUAAGCAGGGACCCUGAUAGUGGCUAUCCGAAUGUGAAUGCAAACAAGUUCUUGGUCCUUACUCUUGCACGGCGUCACAAGCGCCUCCACGUUCUGACCAACGAGACCAAAUUUCCAACCUGAAAAUCCGAAGUCCUGAAAACAUCAGUAUGGCCGACUUUGGCGCAUAUCCGCCAAACAUGGCGCCUCAAGACGCCCUCAUCGUCCGACAAGAAGCCGAGCCGGACCAUGCAGUCGUUCCCUACACUGGCGAAGACCUCGCGCGACCUAAAGUUGGGCCUGCCAACCCCUUUCGCGACGAGGCCGCCCACCCUUCUCUCAAGCGCAAGAACGUACUGACAGGAUAUGCGACCGAGACAUAUCUGAGCGAGCAUGCCUUUCGAGCCAAACAUCGCGCGGUAGAACGCGGCGAGGGUCCAGAGAGGGAAGACAAGAGCGGCAAGCAGAUCAAGGAGGAGGCUGCUGCCAUCCGAGCAAAGAGGGAGGGUAAGGGCAGCGCGCUUAUUGCGGAGGGCGAUGGCGAGUACAAGGGGCCCUGGGCAAAGUACAAGAGAACCGAGUAUGAGGAGGUCGACGAGGAGGCGCAACUGGGCAGCGAUGAGGAAUACGAGAUCGUCUACGAGGACGAGGACGGGGAUGAUGUGGUUCAGAGUGGCGCUGUGGUUGCCGCACCCACAGAGGCAUUGGCAAGGCGGAAAGCAGUCGAGGAGCUGGGCGACGAGACCACGACGUUCCACGGCGAGAGCGAGUACGAUUACCAGGGCCGGACGUACAUGCACGUUCCACAAGAUUUGGACAUCGAUCUGCGGAAGGAACCGGGCAGCAUAACGAACUACAUUCCUAAGAAGAUCGUGCACACAUGGAAGAACCACACCAAGGCCGUCACAUCGCUGCGGUUCUUCCCACACAGUGGUCACCUGUUGCUGUCUGGCUCGGCGGACACGACAAUCAAGAUCUGGGACGUCUACCACCAGAAGGAGCUGCUGCGGACAUUCUCUGGCCACUCCAAGGCCAUAUCAGAUCUGUCUUUCAACAACGAUGGCACGAGGUUCUUGUCCGGGUCGUAUGACAGGCAGAUGAAGCUCUGGGACACCGAGACUGGAAAGUGCAUCAGCAAAUUUAGCACGGGCAAAACCCCACACUGCCUGGUUUUCAACCCGACAGCCGAACACGGCCACGAGUUUCUGGCUGGCAUGUCCGACAAGAAGAUCGUUCAGUUCGACACGCGUGCGGGCAACGAGACUGUCCAGGAGUACGACCAUCACUUGGCAGCUAUCAACACCAUCACCUUCACACAAGACGGUGACCGUUUUAUGACGACGUCGGACGACAAGUCCCUGCGAGCGUGGGACUACAACAUCCCAGUCCCCAUCAAGUACAUCGCCGAGACAUACAUGUACCCGAUGACGCGGUCUGCCCUGCAUCCUUCUGGAAAAUACGUUGCAUACCAAUCUUCCGACAACCAGAUUGUUGUGUAUAACGCGAACGACAAAUUCCGCCAGAACCGCAAGAAGAGCUACCGAGGGCACAACAACGCGGGAACGGCAAUCGACAUCGACAUCAGUCCCGACGGACAGUUCAUUGCCAGCGGUGACACGGCGGGAUACCUUGUCUUCUGGGACUGGAAGACGUGCAAGAUGUACCACAAGAUCGAGACGAAGGAUCCUGUCACUUGUGUGAAGUGGCACCCCCAGGAGACAUCCAAGCUGGUUUCAGCAGGAGCAGAUGGUGUUAUUCGGUACUGGGACUAAGAGAGAGCAUUGCGAGGCGUUGGUUUCACCUUGCUGGACUCUUUUGCAUCUCUCAAGGGCACGGGAAACACAUUUAGCGCCUGACACUAGUCUAUCACCCAUCAAGUUGCCUCCUCCACCUCUUCACAGGCGUCGGCCCCAGGAUGUGGUUCAUCGUCUUCUGUCUCUGCAUCUCGAAUCCAGGCGCCAUGGUCAUCUCAUAUUUGUGUAUUAUGCUUGCCACACAGACGGUCUGCUCCAGGUACGAGAUGUUACGACCAAUGCAACCCUAAAGCAUCCAGAGUCGGCUAUCCGAAUAUCAGGAAGCAACAGCUCCAUACAAACAUGAUAGCGCUAUGUCUGGGCUAUGGAACGAGGACACCAGCGGUCGGGAAUGUGCUUUUAAGGCUCAUAGGAGACGCUCUCGUCGCGGUGGGCGACCAUGGCAGAGAUGCUUACGGUGGUGCUUGCGACGAUCCACUGGCCCAUGAUCAUGGAGCACUCUGGCGGUGUGGCGCGGGGCAGGGCGCGGGGCGUGGGCGGGACGAGACCCAGGGACUCGUCGAAGCAGGCGCGCAGGCAGGGGAGGUGCUUGACCUUGUCGUAAGGGGCGACCACCGGGUCGAGGACUGCGUCGAGCUCCUCGCGGAGGCGGCGCAGGCACUCGGGGUUCUCGAGAAGCUGGCAGGUGACGUUGGCGAUGACGAUGACGGUGGUGACGCUACCGGCGUUCAUCAUGAUGUUGACCUUGGCCAGGAUCUCACCCCACUCGAGCAGGUCGGGCGAACCCGACUCGUGCAGCUUCUAGCCGGCGCGGUACCACUCAAGACGCUUGUUGCCGCGGCCCAGGGUCAUGUUGUCCCAGCCACGCGAGGAAUCAUCCAUGCACCGGUAGAAGGGAAUCACAUUGGCGGUCCUGUUAGGACCAGAUAAGGAGGGACUGCAUGCGGGUGGUGGGUUACAGGCACCCGCGCAGGUUGGUCUCGUGCGUGGUGCCGUCCUUGCGCUGGGUGACGACGCGGUCGGUGCCCUGGUCCAGGGAGCCGAGGCGGUCGCUUAACCCGAUGGCAGCGAUGGCAUCGAGUGCGAGGAACUUGGUCGACAUGCAGUAGUCGAUGCUGAGCUCAUCCGGGGCCGGACGAGAGGGUAUUGGGUCCGGACCGCAGGAUGGGUCGGUCCUUGUGCAGCACUGCCAGGCGCCUUGACCGGUCGCCCGAGUGCGCCAGGAUCGUGAAGGGGACAUUAGACAUGCCGGUAAGAGGGCUGAAGUUGGAGGCCCUCACAGGCCUGAGCGGGACUGUCAGCUCGUGAUUGCUAUUUUCCUGUCCAGGGACUCUGAUCUUCCUUACCUUCAGGAUCUCGGAUGUGCUCUACUACAAAAGGGUAUUCAAUGAACUUGGAGAAGAGCAACAACAGCAGGGCGGCGGCCUAAGGGGCCCCCAUGACGAUGGUGGGAUCUGGGCGUGUCUUCUUGUUCAAGGAAAGAAGCUGAGAGAGGGCAUAUGGCCGAUGUGUCAUGAGGUAUAAGGUCCGAGGUUAGAAGCUUGUGGCUGAUGAGGAACUACACGUCUAAGCAGAGCCUCUUGGAAUCAACAGGGACUCCUUGGGAUGAUGAUGGGGCUGGAACGAGAAGAGAAGGAAUCUUGCCAGAAAAGCACAUUCACAACGGGCACUACGCAGCAUGGGCAUCGUCUCAAUAAAUAUUCACGAUCUGUGGUCAUCCUUCAUCUUCCUCUCCGGCGCCCGGUGAUGUUAGCCAUCGGGUCGUUGGUGUAACGGGUACGAAGCUCCCAACGGUUCCAUGGAGAUGGUGCCCUGCUUUGGUAGAUUCGGUAUAAUUUGAGACACGCAGAUGGCACGGAUCUAUCUAGGCUAUUGAC